UGUAAUGUUUUACAAAUGGCCACAGUGUUUUGAUGUUGCUCGAAAAAUUAGGUUAUGAAAUAAAGACAAUCCAUCAGGUCGAAUCCAGCUUCCUGUAUUUAUUAGCGUAUUAUUUCCUUGAAAUAAAAACACAAUGGCACAAAGUAGAUUGGAGAAAAUCGGUACGGUGUAUUCCAGAACUAUCGCACUAUUAAAGGGCAAAGCUAUGAAAGAGGAAGACAAACCCUUAUGGCUGGCAAUAUAUGAGGCUUUCCCUCCAAAAUACGAACCAAGAUUUGAUAGACGAUUGCCAAAGAAACCUAUUAAACCUAUAUUUUAUGAAGAGGAUAUCAUUAGAGCAAGAUUUCACAAAGACCAGAGUUUUAUACCAGCUACCAAUUUGGCAAGAGAAAAUGUAAAUUCUUCAACACAGAAUUUUCUAUCUAUCUAUAAAACAAUACAAAAGCAGGAAAGAUUAUCAGAAGAUAACGCUUAUGAGCGAGCAAUGCAACAGUAUACUUUGCAGUUGGAAAUGCAAAAAGAAUUGAGCAGAGAAGAGAAUAAAUUAUCCACGUCCUAAGCAGCACAUUAUAGUAUUAUUGUAAAUUUUGUAAAUAAAAAUUUCAUAAUUUAAAA